AUGCUAAAAUUACCCAAAGGCCUUAAAAAGAAGAAAAAAGGCAAGAAGUCUAAGCGCAAAGGCGAGGAAGAGCUUUUUACUGAGGAAGAAUUAGAAAAGUAUAGAAAAGAACACCAACAGCAACAAGCUGAAAGUGGCGAAGGAUCUGCAAAAGAAAAUGAGGAGUGGUCCAAAUUUAAGGAUUUGACAACGGGAGUAGACUCUGUGCUUAAAAAAACUCAAGGCGAUUUAGAUCGCAUUAAAUCGACAUCAUUUUUUCAACGGGUACAACCAAAAGAACCUGAACCGGAAAUAAAGGAAGCUCCGGCAAGGCCGGUGGUCGAAGUAACAGAAGCCGAUUUUCCCCGGUUGAUUCAGGCCACCGCUACAGAUGCGGACGACGAUAAAAGUGAAUACGGACUCACUGAUGACGAAUCUGAAACCGAGGAUCAAGACGACAUUUUUGAUACCUCUUAUGUAGAUGCAGUUGAACGUGGAGAAGUAAAACUAGCAUAUGUUCCGGAUUCACCUGAAGAAUUUCAAGAUGAUGGAAUAUUUGACACAUCACAUGUCGAUGCAUUAAUUAAAGGUCAAGAGAGCAAAAUCAAAGGGGAUAAAAAAACUUUAGACAUUGGGGUAGCUGUUGAAGUUCUUACUGGUCGGAUUGAUAAUUUAACAGUUACUACAAAAAAAUCAAAACGUGUAAUUCCCGGAGAUCUUUUAUUGGAAAGUGUUGAUGCUGAAGUGCCUGUGGUUGCAAAAUCAACCGAAAGUGAACCAAUCGAGAGAAGUAUAUUAGAUGCUGACACGGAUAUUCCUAUAACAACGCCUAUUGAUCUUAGUGUUUCGUUACAUACGUCAUUAAUACAACAAUUUAAAAAGAGUAGCCAAGAAAAUAUAUUUGAGCUAACAAAUUCCAACACAAAAGAAACAAAAAGUGAAGAAGAGGAGGAUGAUGAGUUCACGUUAUUAGCUGCAGAAUCACUUGAAACGAAAACUGAAGUAAUAAAAGUAGUAGAAAAGGAAAUUAAACUUGAGCCUGUUAUAAAGGAAUCGUGGUCAGUCUUUGAAGCUGAUAAAAACGAGUCUGUAUUUGCAGAAGGAAUAGCUGAAGAUCAAAUUGAUGUGUUAGAUCCAUAUAUAGAUCAAGACGAUCCAUUUGAUACUAGUUUUGCGGAAGCUGUAAUACCUGCUUCACAUUCUGUUCAAAUUAAGCAAAAGGCAGUUAUUCCAGAGGACGACGAAGAUUUUGAUCCACGUGCAGAAGAAUUCAAAGAGAAGUUUAACAACCGGCGUAAAUCAUCGGUUAGAAUCCAUCUAACUAAUCCUUUGGGAAUAAGAGAAUCGAUUACAUCUGAUGAUAUUCAUGACAUUGAUGAAAAAAAUAUACCUCAUGAUUUAUUAGGAGGAAGUACUACAGACUUAACACAAUUAGGAGAUUCCCCUCUGAAUCCAGUGGACGUAAACAACACUGACAUAGACCCCUUUGAUACUACUAUUGUCGAUAGGGUUGUAGCUCCAGGAAAAGUUGAGUUAAAAUUACUUGAACAAGAGCUAAUUGGUGCCACAUCGACAACAAUUUAUAGGGUUCCAAGUGAUCCUGAUUUUGAUCCUCGAGCGGAUGAACCGAAGCAGUCAGAGCGAAGAGCAUCUCGUCCAGAAAAUCUUUCAUUUAGUAAAAGCGUGGUUUUCAAUAUUGAUAGUGAAGAAUCUAGUAAUUUAGAUCCUAAAUCAAAGCCAAACAAACCAUUAACGCCAUAUUACAGCAGGGAACUUUCUAUAACUGAAGAUAUAAACGAGAGCAGUGAAGUUAAUGAAAAAGUAACCGAUGUGCUAACAAGAACACGAUCUGACGAAGAUUUGAGUACUAAUAUAACGUAUCAAACAAAAAGACGCCAUUCAGAAUAUCCACAAUCAUAUAAUAUAAAAGUUAAUUUAAAAACGAGUGAUCUCCUUAAUAGUGGUAAUUCUGAAAUAAAAGCAAAAGUACUCACACCUUCAGGCCCAGAAUUAAUAGAAGAGAACGUUCCGGAAAUCGAAGAAGACCCGUUUGAUACUUCCGUUGCAGCGGAUAUUCAACCAAGCAAAACAGAAUUGAAACUGUUGGCUAAAGAGUUUGUCUGUGACGAUUCCAAAGCUACUUUUGAAUCCGAAGGUAAUUCAGACUUAUUAGAACCAUCCGACGACAUCUUUCAAGUAAAAGCAUUAAGUCCUGAACCGGCAAAUCUAACACAAUCACAAGAGGACUUUGAUCCGUUUGAUACUUCAUUCGCUACUGCUCUUAAUCCAGGAAAAACGGAAUUAAAGUUACUUGAAUCUGAAUUCCUGAACUAA